GCAAACGGCUCCAAAAACGAAAGUGAAAGUUAAAAAUUGCACUGGCAGCAGUGAGUGACCCAGCUGUCUGUGUAUUGUUGGCAUGGAGACAAGUCCAGGCUUUUCUCUCACCGUGAGCUCAGUCGAUGCCUGCUGCUAACCUCAGACCAGGCGGGAGCCCAGAGGUUUUGACAGGAGGAGCGCUUGUUAGCCGUUAGCAGCUGUUUGGCAGCAGAGUCCCGCAGCAUGUUCGGCUAACGGAGCUAACAGCUAAAGGAGCUAAAGCUAAACACACAGCAGGGCAGAGGAACAAAAUCAUCAACAGCAACUUUCUGAAGCACUCCACCUUUUCCGAGGUGUCUGGUGACUCUGGCCCCUGUUAUCUCGCCCCUCCCUUCUGUGGAGGAGAAGAAGAGAGAGGGAGAAAGAGAGAGGCUGCAGCCCACUACCAACAUGUCCCCAGAGGCCCCUUGCCUGCCUGCCUGCCUGCCUGCCUGCCCCUCCUGCUGCUCAGUACAGCUGUGGCUCAGCACCAGACCCUGACCAGCUGGGAUCUCAACCCUGCCAGAGAGCCACGAGAGGAGUCACUCACAGUGUGUGAAAGCUCCUCGCCUCUCUUCUCACUGACUCUUCAUUAGGUGAAACACACAGACACUGACUCCAACUACAGCUGCCAGUCCUCUCCGCUGGUGCUGAGAAGAUCCAUCUUUCCCUGAGCAUGGCCGUGGCACCCCGGGCCCUGGCGCUCGCCCUGCCCCUGGUGCUCGCCCUGCUCAGCCCGGCCCCGGCACCCGUCUCGGGAGGCUGCCCGUCCGCCUGCAGGUGCUCUUUCGCCAUGCUGCAAUGCCUGGAGCCUGAUGGUAUCACCAGCAUCCCGGCACUGGCAAUGCAAGAGAGCGAGAACGUGACGGAGAUCUACAUAGAAAACCAAGCGGGCCUGGAGAACAUAACAGAAAUCGAUCUUGUUAAUUACCGGGAGCUGAAGAACCUCACGGUCACAUCAUGUAAGCUGAGGUUCAUCGCUGCCAACGCUUUCCAGCUCAACCUCAAGCUGCAGUAUGUGAACCUGGCAUCCAACUAUCUGGAGCACAUCUCCUGGAGGGUGUUUCAUUUUCUCCCGCUGCUCAACCUGGUUUUGAGGGACAACCCUCUGGUGUGCUCCUGUGACCUCCACUGGCUCAAGCAGUGGCAGCAUAAUGAACGUGGCGACCUGGACAGCCAGAUGUUGUCCUGCUUCUCCGAUGACCAGGAAGUGCCCCUCAACUCUUUGGUGAUAGAUAACUGCAGUCUGCCGCUGGUGACGAUCGUCCCCUCCAAAGAGAAGAUUCAAGAAGGAGGCAACCUGACGUUUGAAUGUCACGUGACAGGAAGUCCCACUCCCGUUGUCAGAUGGCGGACGGAGACGCUGCGCUCUCACUUCUUAACCCAGGAGUUCAUUUGGGGCUCCACAUUAGAGCUGGUCCUUUACCUCACCAACGUUUCCUCCAAAGACAACCUGCACAACCUGACUUGUGAAGCCGAGAACCAAGCUGGGCCCGGGGAAGAUGUGGUGCAAUUGGACAUUGAGUUUCCAGUCAAAAUCCUCUUCCUGAAGGACGCAGUGCAGCAGCACCACUGGUGCUUCCCCUUCGCCGUGGAUGGCAACCCUGAGCCAAACAUCACCUGGCUGUACAACGGCAAUGAACUCAAGAGAUCGCCCUUCACAUACACCCAGCUCAUCCCUGACUCGGAUGACGGAUCGGUGAAACACGGCUGCCUCUUCCUCAACAAGCCCACCCACAUCAACAACGGCCAGUACACCCUGAUCGUUGAGAACAAACUGGGAAGGGAUGAGGCCACAGCCAACGGGACGUUUAUGGACAACCCCUUCGGGUUGUUCGAUCCUGAGGGGAUAAUUCCCGUCCUCAUUAAUCCAACUCCGACGGACGAUUCGGACAUGAACGUCACAGAGAACCCAGAGAGUCGAGUGUUUGUGGUGUCGGUGGCUGUGGGCCUCGCUGUGUUCGCCUGCACUUUCCUUCUCGUCAUGAUUUUGGUUAUCAACAAGUGUGGCCAGCACUCCAAGUUCGGCAUUCACCGUUCAUCAGUUCUGGGCACGGAGGACGACCUGGCCGUGUCGCUUCGUUUCAUGAACUUUGGGACCAGCCCGCCCUCCUCAGACGAGGACUCGGGUUUAUCGAGCUUCGUGGAGAAUCCGCAGUACUUCUGCGGCAUCAUCAAGGAGAAAGACAUGUGCGUCCAGCACAUCAAACGGCAGGACAUCGUGCUGAAGUGGGAGCUUGGCGAGGGAGCGUUUGGGAAAGUCUACCUGGCAGAAUGUGCCAACCUCAGCCCCGACAGCGACAAGAUGCUGGUCGCUAUCAAGACUCUGAAGGACGCCAACGAGUCGACGCGGCAGGACUUCCAGAGGGAGGCGGAGCUGCUGACGAUGCUCCAACACCAGCACAUUGUGCGAUUCUACGGCGUCUGUACCGACGGAGAGCCGCUCGCCAUGGUGUUCGAGUACAUGAGGCACGGAGACCUCAACCGAUUCCUCCGAGCUCACGGUCCUGACGCUCGUAUCCUGGAGGAGACGAAGAUGCCCCCGCUGGGUCAGCUGACGCUGCCUCAGAUGCUGCACAUCGCCGCCCAGAUCGCCUCGGGCAUGGUCUACCUGGCGUCGCUGCACUUCGUCCACCGUGACCUGGCAACCCGCAACUGUCUGGUGGGCGAGGGCCUGGUGGUGAAGAUCGGAGACUUCGGCAUGUCCCGAGACAUCUACAGCACAGACUACUAUCGGGUCGGCGGACGUACGAUGCUCCCGAUCCGCUGGAUGCCCCCAGAGAGCAUCAUGUACAGGAAGUUCACCACAGAGAGCGACAUCUGGAGCUUCGGCGUGGUCCUCUGGGAGAUCUUCACCUACGGCAAGCAGCCCUGGUACCAGCUGUCCAACAGUGAGGCCAUUGAAUGCAUCACGCAGGGUCGGGAGCUGGAGAGGCCUCGCACCUGCCCCAAGGAGGUGUACCUGCUGAUGCAGGGCUGCUGGCAGAGAGAGCCCCAGCAGAGGAUGGUCAUCAAGGACAUCCACAGCCGCCUGCUGGCCCUCGUCAAGAACCCGCCGGUGUACCUGGAUAUCCUGGGCUGAGGGAGCGCCGAGGCUGGAGGGAUGGAGGUGUUGAUUUGAGGCCUCGUUCCUUUAGUUCCAUUCAUCUAAUCAGGGGUUUAAAAGUAUGUCAAAGUCUCCCAGCUGCUGCUUUUCCAGCUUAAAAGCUCGACCCCCUCCGCCACCACCCCAGCCCCGGCCCCGUUAACUGCCCCGUCAUUCUCUGGAAACCUGUCAAAUGUUUACCGAAGUGUUAAGUGUUUAUCUGAAGUGGGAUCGGCCUGACGCAGCGACGUGCAUGGAUAAGUGUUGAAGUAACUGUAUAUACCAGAAGAGGGCCUGUCGGGGGUUUGUGAGCUGAGCUGUGGAACAUUUUAUACGGCUCUGCAGCCGACACUUGUGUCGAAAAGGCAAUUAGAAAAUGAAACAUGAUUACAGGAGAGGCACUUCACAUCAUGAGUCAAAAGCGGAAAGCCAAUUUUUUUCAGAUUUGGGUCCAGCCGACAGUCAUUUGUAUAGUAUAGUCGCUGAUUUUGGAUAAGUUUUGAUAUGGGAGGUUAUUAAAAGGCUUUCAGUAAAUGUACAUAAGAUAUCAAUCAAAACGUUGGAAAGCUUGUGUGUUUCUCAUGUGUCAAAUCCAGUGUACCAUAUGAGUAUUUUUCCAAAAACAAGAAACAAAAUGUCAUAUAUCAGCAGUGGAAGUGUGUGUUUACAUUUAAUGACGUCUGUUAUGCUGUUAAAUACGGACAAAAAAAAAAAAAAAAGGAAAAAAUUCUUCCAAAGAACAACAGUGUGACCUGUGGCGCCGCCCGCCAGACUCAGGAGAAGCUUUUUGUACAGAUUAGCGAUGUUCAACAUGCGACUGUGGCGACCUGCAGAAUCAAAGCGCUGCGGUGAAAUCCAGUAAGGGGGCAAGAUGGCGGGGAGGCGCCGCGCUGAGACGGUUUUUAGAGGCAACAGAUGGAUUGAAGUGAGUGAAACUCCAGGAGGAGGGGGACAGAUGGCACUGAAACGGAGACUGGAGCUGAGGCCACCAACACCACGGACAAAAACAAAGGGUUUAAAGGGACAGUUCACCCCCCAAAAAUUAAAAACACACAUAUCUCUCUUCUUAUCUGUUGUGCUGUUUAUCCACCCAGACUGUUUUAGUGUGAGGCGUUGAGGUUUGGAGAUAUCAGCUGCAGAGAUAUGAUGAAGAAAUUAAACAUCAGUGCCUCUUUCGAGGAAAACCUGCA